CCAGCAUCCCUCCUCCUGCUCUUCCUCCUCCUCCUCUUUCUUUUUGCAGCUCACACUUUGUUUGAGUGCAGUGCAAAGCAGAUGGCUGCACUGCUGGUUGGCUCCAUAUAUAACUCAUCUGAGUACUGGAUAUAUUUGGAUAUUUGGAUAUGUAUUUAGCGCCUGACUGAUUACUUUUUCAUUGCUGACUGACUGCUGAUCAGAUACUGUGGAGUGGCUGAAGGAUACUGACUGGUUGGUUUUGACUGGCACGAUGUUGACCAUCUCUGUACUCCUGCUGCCGUUGCUCCUCUCCCCUCCUGCUGUUAGCUCUUCUCCUCUGGUCAAGGAUCAGUCGGUGUGUGCCAGGACGUCCUGCGGCGCAGGUCGAGAGUGUGUAUCGACUGACCGAGGAGAACCAGUCUGCCGCUGUUUGCAGCAGUGUGAUGUGACAGAGCACUGGGUGUGUGGCAGUAACGGCAGAUCCUACAGGAAUCACUGUGAGCUGCACAGAGACGCCUGCCUGACCCAGAGCAAGAUACACCCGGAGCACAGAGGACACUGUGUGGAGAAACCAGCAAAGGCAGACGUGAGCCCCAUCGUGUGUUUCCUGUCUGAUCGUGACUGGCUGAGAGAGGGGGUGAUCCAGUGGAUUCAGGAGGAGGUUGAAUCUAACAAGCUGUCCUCAAACGCAUCCUCCGCCAAUGGACUCCUGCAAAUGUACUUCAAGAUGUAUGACGACGGGGACUCAGAGCUUGAUUCCAAAGAGUUCCUGAAAUUCUUGAAACACAAUGAGACAGCCCUCAACCUCACAUACUCUGAUACUCCCGAGACUAACUUGCUAUUGAGGUCUCUGUGUGUUGACGCUUUGAUAGAGCUGUCAGAUGAAAACGCAGACUGGAAGCUGAGUUUAACCGAGUUCACCAACUGCCUGACGUCCACCUACCAUCCGUACGAGAGAAAGUGCGCCCUGGAGGACGAAGUGUUCGAGGACGGAGCUGAAACUCGGAUGGAGUGUAACAAGUGUGUGUGUGCCUGUGGGAACUGGGUCUGCACUGCUCUGACCUGCACCGGAGAACAUCAGGUAGAAAUGGAUGCUAACGAAGGAGAAGAAGAAGAAGAAAUGACAGAAGAGGAGUGGAGCAGGAGAGUGGCUGAACUCAACGCUUUACAGGUGGAGAGUCAAGACUAACCUGCUGUGUAGUCUUAUAUUGUAAUGAGAAGACCUUCACCAUGGAAACCUGAGGUCACAACAAACACACCUGUGCCAGCCAAUCAGCAGCCUUGAACUACAGAGAGGAUGAACACCUCAUAUGUUCAGUUUCACAUCACCACAGUUUUUAUCAUCAAGCUGGUACAUACACAGAACUUUUUUAAUUUCAGCACAUCACAUAUGAAUCCAUGUUUCUCUCAACAGCAGUUUGAUAUCUGGUUGGAUUUUUGUCAUACUGAAAACAUCAUGUCACUCGGGAUGUUACUGCUUUCUGUGUACUGUGUAGUAUAUACGUAAUUUUGACAGUUUUUAUGUAGUAAAUUUUUUCGUUAUUUAAGUACUGUAUUUAAAAUGUAUUAUACUAUUUAAGUCACUAUGAAUCAGUGAGGAAAAUUCCAAAUACUGUUCACUGAUUGACUUUGUCUAAUCUGUAUUUAGAAGCUGUCACACUGACAUGGUUGAUUCAGGGUAAAUUCUUUCAUUGUUAAUGAGAUAUUAUAUUUGUGUAUUCGGGUUGUGAAAUGCUGAUUUUCAUACACUUGUUGAUCUAAUAAAAACUUUAGGAAAUUAA